AUGACCACGCCCACGCCUGAAACAGCAUCAGCAUCAGCACCCGCACCCACACCGAGCAACACGAUGACCCUCCAAGUAGGCGAAUGCCGAUUCGUCACUCGCCCAGCAACACUGACCCGAGGUAGCGACUUCUUCGCUCGACAGCUUUCUGGCCGAUGGCCUGACAUUCAACCAGACGGAUCCUACUUCAUCGACGCAGACGGCGACGUCUUUCAGCACGUGCUGCGUUAUCUUCGCCACGAAAUCAUGCCAAUCUUCUAUGACAACGUGAAGGGGCAUGAUUACGCACUGUACCUCGCUGUCCUCGAGCAAGCCAGGUACUUCGGGGUGGAGCCACUGCAGAAAUGGCUUGAGGAGCAGAAGUAUCUGCAGGCGGUGAAGAUUGUGCAUUCGGCUAGGGUAUUGGUGGGUAUUGAGGAUGUGUCUGGGCCGACCGGGAGCCAUGUCAAGAUUGAGCACCACGUUACAUGGAAGACCAGAAAGGUGUACGUCUGCCCGCGGGCCAUCACCGGACAUAUGGGCAACCGGGACGCUUGUGGGAGAUUGUGCAGGAACGCUCGGGGUGAUGCCGAUGACGAGUAUGAGGAUGAGGAGGUUUUGAAGAUCUUGGAGGUGCGCAAAACAACUAUGUUGGAUCCGAAGAUGCGCGUUGAGCAGCGCUAG